AUGUCACCAUGUACGGUAGAAGGUCGUCAGAAAUCCUUGAAAGGUUAUCAAGCUUUGUCUUCACAUCAAACUGAAGAAGACUCAGAUCCUGUGCAGUCUCCACCCAACAUGGUCAGUCCAGAGCUUCCUGCUGUGCGACAGGUCCUGAAGACCUACUUUGCUUUCCAUACCUCGGGCAGCCAUGUGCAGUCAAACACUGACAAUGACAAGAUCCAACACCAAUUCAAAUGUGCAGGAACUGUGUUUCACUGGCUUCCCACUCAUGUUUUCAACAACAGAGACCUUCAACAUGAGAUGAAAAUCCUUGACUACAAAGCCAUCGUCAUGCCAUCCCUGAUGAUUAGCUGCCUUACCUCAUCCUGCCUGGAAAGGGCAAAAGGGAUCAAGUCCAAGUUAGGUGUUUUACUGCAGAAGCCAGAGAACGGCAUCACCCUCAUCAUCCCGUACCCUGAGAAACCUGAGAAGAAGCCUGAGAAGUUGCAGAAGCCCACUCCUGAGGAAGCUGCCCAGUGGCGUGAGGGUCUGGAUCGGGUCCUGAACAACAGCUAUGGUCAGGUUGCCUUCCGUAACUUCCUGCAGUCCGAGUUCAGCGAGGAGAACAUUGAGUUCUGGGUGGCCUGUGAGGAGUUCAAAAAGACCAAGAACCCUGAGCUGAUGGCUGCUAAGGCCAAGAAGAUCUACGAAGACUUCAUCCAGUCAGAUGGGCCCAGGGAGGUCAACAUUGACCACGUUACAAAGGAUGUGACCCUGAGGAACCUGGUGACUCUCUCCUCCUCAACCUUUGAUCUGGCUCAGAACAGGAUCUUUUCCCUGAUGGAGAAUGACUCCUUCGGGCGUUUCCUUCGGACGGAGCAGUACCAGGAGCUCGUGGUCUCUUAAAGAGUGGCCAUGGAUUCAGAGGAGCUGUGGUGGGGGAAAGGGGUUUUCAAAUAGCAGUUCUUCAACAAGAAAAUUGGACAAAAUUCAAUAAUAAUGGUUAAUAAACUGUGUGGUAGCUGAUGAAGCAAAGGCUGUUACUUUACAAAUAAACUACAACGUCGUCAGCAAAAAAUAUGAAUCUUAAAAAAUUUCAAAUUUGAUUUUUGUAAAAGUCUGUCUUUUGAAAUACCCCAAACCCUCACCCAUCACACACACCCCAGUGUUCUUCUGCCCCUCAAUAAGAGAACCAUCAAAACAUCAAAAUAACCCUGUAUACUCCUGAAAAUACCUUCACAAUAAAAGCCUGCAAAAAUAGCAAAUGGUUCUGUAAAAGCUAAAAUGUAAAUCAUGGAUGUAUUAUGAUAGCAUAACGUCACUCAGUGUCACGUUUGCCCAGUCGCCACUUGGUGUAAGAGAGCAAAUGUUUUCUUGAGAUUGGUGACCUGUAGGGGCAGAAGUUUAUCUCAGGUUAGUGUCGAGUGAAGCAAAUAGGAGUCAUUGACUUCUUCUGGAUGGAAUUUGAGUCCACAACUGCUUUACUGUUUUCUUUCCUAAAAAAAAAAAAAUAAUAAUUACUCUCCUCAAUAUGAAGUCUAUGGGACGAGUGAGAUUUUUUUUUUUUUUCCCCUUGUGCAUGUAUUGCGCAAAAUUCCUAAAAUCAGUCUUUGCCAUCAUGGCCUUUUGCAACACAAAUGUGAACUCCACAUACAAGCAGAUACAAACUUGUUGUGAAUAACAGAUGACAAAUUGAUGUUCACAUUGGGUUAUAUUGGAAAACAAUCCAAAAUAUCCAAAGUGUUUCCCAAUCCUUGGCCUUGGGACCCAAAAUACUGCAUGUUUUCCAUUUCUCCCUGAUGUACUCAGACCAGGUCAGUCCUGUUAGGUGUGUUUAACCAGUCAACAGCUGGCUGAACUGUGAAACACACCUGUUAUAUAUAGCUCAUUGUGUGACGUUAGAGUAGAGAGGAUUGGAAAUACAUAGUCAUUUGGGUGCCAAGGACAAUUUUCACCAUGCAAGGUCUCUGGUCCUUUACAAUGAAAAAAAGUGAAACUUGCAUCAACUUAAAAAAAAAAUUGCUGUAAUUUGUUACACCUAAAUUUAUUAAUUUGUCUCAAAAGUAUAUAAUUGAAUGUUUCAACUCAUAUUUAUAAUACAGUUUGGGAAAACUACUACAGUAAAGUAUGAAAAAUUAAAACAACUUUCAACUUUUUCUCGAUUUAAUUUUGCUUAAUGGACUUUUAAUGGUUGAUAAACCUGACUUUAACUUUUUUAUUAUUCAUGCAUUCAUUCCGUUUGCCUGCUUUUCCAAUUAAGGGUCACGGGGGUGCUGGAGGCCUAUCCUAGCAGUCAAAGAGCAAGAGACAGGGUACACCUGGACUGGACACCAGUCUGUAGGGUAUUAUUAUUAUUAUUAUAUUAUUAUUAUUAUUAUUAUUAUAUAUUAUUGUUAUUAUUAUUAUUAUCAUGACUUAGUGCACAUUAUGUGCAAGAUGUAGCUGCAAGGUUUAUUUUCAGCUGUGUUCCUUGCAAAGGCUGGUCUAAAAAGAAAUCUUUUGACCCCAAACAAAAGCUCCACAUAAUUAUAAGACCAAAAACGUUAGGAGAUAAGACAAAAAAAAGUGAUCAAUGACAUUGUGUGCAGUGACUGUAAGGCCUCAAAUCCCUCUCCGUGUAAUUUGAGGUGAACCACAGCUUCCGAAUUAAACCAACUUGGAAAUUUCGCCACUUAAUGCGAACACGCAUCGUGCGACGUAAAACUGAUGCACACAUUAUCAACUUAACCAAAUGUCAACAAAUUAAAAUCCUCUGCAUUAAAAAAAAAGCAAAUUGGAAUUCUAUCAUUCAGACUGACCCCUGAACAAACGAUUUAUGUUUUGCUCUCCACAAACCUUGAGACUGACAGCCUUUAAGUGAUUAUGUGGUUUUCCCAAAUUGAGGACAUAAGUGUUGUUGUCUCCAGUGUCUGAACAGGAUAUGACCUAUAACAUUUCCAGUUGAUGGGAGACGACACUCAGAAAUUCCUCUGGAUCACACAGCGACACAAUAACAUUUCCAACAUCAGCAUUUAAUACAGUCAGUGCCUUGAAUCCUUUCCAACAACAACUGUGUUGCACCAAAACAUGGGAAUCAGUCAUUGCCCAAUCAACAUAAAAAUCACUUCUUUUUUUCUUUUAAAUCUCUUAGACUUGGUCUUUCACAUGCACAGAGUAAAUUUGGAUUACCACCAAACUCGAUAUCCUUGAGAAUAAUGCUGGCUGGUUGGCUCCUUAGCUACCGAAACUGUAAGUUGCUUAGAUGGGAAAAUCAAGUAGGAGGGAAUCUCAG